CUUGUAUCACCUAUUGGACUGGAUUCUGUGAGUGAAUCAAAUACAGACCACGUGUUUUAGACAGAAAUAGGAAGUAGGGAGAAGUCAAGUGUCACGGGUCUCCGUCAGUGUGUUGGAUGCCAGGAACGAUGAAACUUCUACUCGUCCUUCUAUUCCUCCGAGUGACACCAGCUGAAUCCUACAGGGACGUCACUGGUUACAUUGGGGAGAGCGCCACCUUGCUCUCAGGAGCCAACCCGAAUAGGACUCUUUCCACGAUCAACUGGUCAAUAUACACAAAUAACACCUUGAUCGCCACCUUAUCCAAAGGGGCAAUACAGCUGGAGUGGUUUGACCCAUAUAAAGGGAGACUCAGUCUUAACAACUCCUCAGGUGACUUAACUAUCCUUGGUUUGACUUCAAAGGAUGCCAUGCAGUACAAUGUAGACCUCACCGAUACUGAGAGAUACAACAGCGCACACAAGAUUGAUCUCAAAGUGAAGCAACGCCUCCAGAAGCCGACGAUAGACACUGCCUCUCUUCCAGCAGCAGCAGGAAGCUGUUGGUGGCGGCUGAAUUGUUCCUCAACGGAUAAAGUCAACGACUUGUUCUGGCAUGCUGAAACUUUCAUCAGUGAGACCCAUCCUAAAGGCGGCUCUGCAGUUCUUUUUGCCUUUCUGAACAGCACAGCGAUCCAGGCUGAAUUCAGGUGCACCUCCAUCAGGAACAGGGAGAACGACAGAGAGAACGCCUCCAGUGCUGUCACUUUAAAAUGUGAGGACAAGUCGAAGCCCAGGAUUUAUUAUCUUGCUCUGUUUGUUGUGGGAUUCUUCCUGGGCGUUGCCCUGACAUGUUUAGUAAUCUAUCGGAGAGAAAUCUACAACUGCAUACAAACAUCAGCUUCUGAAGAUGCCAACACUACAGUUAUGUGAAUGGUAGUGUUGUAGAACUUAAAAAAGUGUAAGCAAAUGUACAACAGACUGUAAAUAGAGUGGUGGUUCAAAUGGUUCAAAUAUAACGAACGCUGCACUCCGUUUAUUAUUUAUUUAGGAAGCAAAAACACAUGAAUGUAUUUUACAACAAUAAAUGAACACCUGUGCAAUAUUACGCAAAAUCCAAAGAACCAAAACAGAUCAAAUGAAUGUGUGGAAAAGUGAUUUUUUUGUAUCCGUUAAACACUUUUUUACUUUUGAAAUUGCUACCAUUUUGUUGUAAAAAUGUACAUUUGUAUCCAUAUUAUGUCGGUAUAUGUAUAAUAAUUGUGUUAUUUAAGCAAUUUUGUAGAACAUUUUCUGUGUUUUAAAGGUCAAAAAUACAUUGUUUAUUAAGAUACAUUUUUGCACUUUUGUUUAUUCACUUUGACUGAAAACAUUUAUGUGGAAGAUUUGUUUCAGUAACACCAAUUUAUAUACAUACAAACAAUUUGAAUUAGAUUUGUUUUUUCUUAUACAAAUGUUGUACUGUUGUGUUUAAUCAUUCACGUAACCAAAAAUCUGCACAAUAUUGAUAAAAGCUUCCUAUAUUCAUGUUUAGCAUUGUUGUUCAAUUCAUACCAAAUGUUAAAUAAACCUUUGAUAAAGCAACAAGCUUGCACAAAAUGCUCAGAAAUAAACAUUGACAAUAGUUG